UGUUCUUGUUUUCUCUCGUAUUCGUAUCGCGAGUGAUUUUUUAACUUGAGUCAACUUUGAGUGCGUGAAGUUUGUGUGUGUUUGAAUCGAGUGGAUUGUGAUGUGCGUGUGAUUGGUUGGUUUUCGUUUUGUUUGAUGCAUCUUUAGCAAAUGGCGUGGACCCUCCAGUUGUUUCCCGAAUAAGCAGCAACAUGGAGAGGCGCGAGGAACUUCAUCGGCAUGGGUGCAGCAUCGCCAAGCAAACCAUCCUCACCACACACCCAAGCGGCCUGCAGACCAGGGGUCUCGGUGGAACUCGCCAACUUCGACACCCUCUGCGUCCAUGCUGAAUGCAAAAGUCCGAAGCGGCAGUGGGAAGGAAGCCCUUUUCUCGCCAGACGUGGUCUUCUGGGAGGAGUGUCUGCUCAUGCUACUCCUGUCUUGGGGAGGAAGAGUGAUGCCGUCAAUGAGGGUAGACUGUCUCAGCAGUGCACUCCCGUGAUGAGAAGGCGGGAGGUGCUGGACAGUCCUGGAGGGUCCCCUCUGCCCUCUAGGAAGAUGGAAGAAGAGGAAGAGGGCUGUGAAGUGGACAACAGUGUCAUCAGUGGCUGGUUGAAGUUUCGAGACAACAAGAGGAUUAUUCUAUGUAUCAACCCUGCGUACUGA